UCUGAGACCAAAAUGAUGCAAAGGAUUUCAAGAAGUCAGCACCCCAUUGCCAAGAAAUGGCAGUGCUUUGGCUGAUGUAUGCUCAUUUCAAUGAUAUUGUACUUUUUGAACUUUAUGCUGACCUCCACUUUUGCCUUUGGAGAAGGAGGAGCCCUCGGGAUUGUUUGUUUUAUAAUCGAUAUUGGAUUUAUUUUUGUGGCAUUUAGUACUUAUGGAGUGUUCUUAGGCCAGAAGGGAGGGAAAUUGAUUGCUGGACUGGUUAUUGGAGCAGUAGGAUUUUCUAACAUACUUGUGCUGAUGGUUCUAAUUGUCAAUUCAAGGAAUAAUGACUGUGAAGACUCAUUUGAUUGUCCUUUAUAUGGAAGCUUCCCAGUUAUUAUAAUUAUCCUAUUUUACCUCGCUGCUUUAAUGUUUCCAGGAUUAUAUUUCACUGCUAUGGUUCUAUCACAUGUUCCUUCAUGGGAUCCUAACAAAGUUCUUGAAGAAGGAGGUGAUGGAAAUGCAGCUGUAGUUGUUGAACAAAAUGCCCCUAUUCAAAUUAUGGAUCCUAAUGCUGGACAAAAUAACAACCCUUACAUCAAUCAUAACCCAUCAAAUCCUCAGCCUCAAAUGUUCGCUCCCCAAGUUAUCAUCAUGGAGCCAAUGCCAAUGCCAAUGCCAAUGGACCCAAAUGCUGGAAUUCAAAUGGGGAUGCAGCCUACUUAUAACAACCAAAAUGCUUAUCAACCCAACUCACAAGCACCUCAAAACACAUCUUCCCAAGCAAUGUACACUCCAAGCGGUCCUGCAGCCACUGGAAUUGACAACACUGAAACUGGGCAUCCUGUUUAA